UUAAACAAGAUAUACAACUACCUGUUUAUAUUAAAACAUGUAUUCACAUUUACUGGAAUUGAUGAAACUAUACGCUGAGAUUCUGUAAAUUGUGUAAUAUCUAUUGAGCCGACAGAAUCAACUGCAGAUAGAAAAAUGAACUACUCGGAUUACGAUUCAGAUGAUUAUUCUUCAAAUGAAGAUGAGGACUAUGUUCCUUCCGAUGACAAUCUGAGCGAAGAUGACUUGAACGAGUGCGAAAAGGAAGAGGGGUUUGACGCAGAAGACAGCGGUAAGCAACAGUCUGUAGAUGUAAAGACAACAAAGAAGAAGAAGAAGCAGAGCGCUAAAGGCAUUGGGGUGAGGAAGAGGAAGAAAGGAGGGCUUAAGCUGGAGACUGAAGAAGAGGAUGGUGGUACGCGGCAAGAGGAGGCCACUCAAGAGAAGCCAGAGGGAGAGGAUGGUGAGGAUGACGAGGGACCCCCUGGUCCUCCGAAGGAAAUGGACAAGAAGAAGGCGGACGACCUGUGGGCGAGUUUCCUGAGUGACGUCGGUCCCAGGCCCAAACUGUCCACCCCGGAGUCAGAAUCGGCGCCGAGUGGAAAGAGCCCGCAGACUUCAGACCCGGAUAAAAAGACUGAUACACCCUCACAGCCCCAAGAACUGAAGCCCAAGGCCAAAGAGCCCUCCAAGAUCACAAUAACAAAGGUUUUUGACUUCGCUGGAGAAGAAGUUAGAGUGACCAAGGAGGUGGAGGCGGACUCCAAAGAGGCCAAGAGCUUCCUGAAGAUCCAGGAGAGUGAGACGAUGAAGGAGCCUUCGCCGAGCCAGCCGCUCGACCCCGGACCCAGUGUGAAGAGGCCUGCGGGAGUGGCCGGUAUCCUUGGCCAGAUCGCGGGGAAGAAGCAGAAGAUGAGCACGCUGGAGAAGUCUCGGCUCGACUGGGACACCUUCAAGAGCGAGGAGGGUAUUGGAGAUGAACUGGCAACCCACAACCGAGGGAAAGAAGGAUACAUCGAGAGGAAGAACUUUCUGGAAAGGGUGGACCACCGACGGUUUGAGCAGGAGAAGACCGUCCGUCUUAAAAACAUGAAACGGUGACACACACGCAGAACCGCGCACGCAUAAGGGAUGGACACUGACGCUUUGUUAAUGUAUGUAAGACGCAUGCACACACACUCAUACAGACAGACAGACAGACAGACAGACUCUGACUCAGACGGAUACACUGAAGUAUACGGACACACACUAAUCCAAACGCAUGCACGCACACACACAGAUUCACACCGACAGACAUACAAGCACUAAUACACACACACACACACACACACACACACAGACAAAUUCACUCAAGCAGACUAAUACAAGCGCUAAUACACACACAGACACACACGCACAAAUUCACAAGCACAGACUAAUACAAACAGACACACAAAUUCGCAUACACACAUCUGCACCAACAUGUACACACACACACACACACACUCAAAAGGCUCUACAGGGACACUCCGCCCACACCCUAAACAUAAGUACGGGCAUUCGGCAGGUACACUCAACCCCCUCUCACCUGCGACAGGAACAGCAGUGAUGUCACCCACCCCGGCUCCGCCCCUCAGGCAGAGUCCGGCCCCGCAGGCAGAGGCAGUGCAGGCCCCUGAGCCCAGAAUGAGCCCCACUGAAACCCUGCCUCUGCAGCACGCUGCUAAUUGGCUCGUUAACAUGCUUUUAAACAUCCUGCUCCUGAUUGACAAAAUUAACAACUUAAAUAAGGAUCGCCGAUCUGUGGCUAAUUCCCUUUAUGUGGCUAAUUCCCUUUAUAUCAGACGGCUAGCGUGAAGCUAAGACUCUGAUCUUAAGGCUCAAUCUCUCUCAUACAAUCAGUAUUCUGUCAUGAAAGCCAAUCUCUUUGUAACAAUUAAAAAUGUUUAACAUGAACAUUAAAGAGAUACUGGCACUGUGUGAUGUGGGGAAACGCUACAGAUGGGGUAUCUUUAUUUUAAAAGACGUACCUGCUAGUCAGCGGAAAAAACCAGGGCUCCGGGCUCAGGGCUCAGCAUGAUAAAACUGAACAUAGACGUUUGGCUCAGUUGGAACACAGAUUCUAUAAAAUAACCAGAUGAGCAACUUCCACACUCCUUCUGUCUUCUCAUUUUCUGAUUGAACUCCUGUUAGCAACUGGAGUUUCUGGUGCUAUAUUACACUCAGUGAACAUUCAUGGGAAGGCGUGCCCAAGGAGCCACGGUAUUCUCCUCAACCACACCUCUUCAUGAUUAUUCAACCGAUACAAUCGAACUGUAAUCUUAUUGCGAACAGCAGACAAGCUGUGGGAGGUCUGAAUUGCGGGUUUCUGAUCGGAAGGCUCCCGAAUGGUCACCGCUUAUCAGGAGCUCCUCCCCCCCGAGUGACACGCCAAUCAGGCGCCGGUCCCCGCCCACAAAGAACGCAUCACUCAGUCUGACGCCGAUUCUGCUAUGGUCGAAUAUUCCCACCUAUCGAUGUGCGUCUGUGCAACGUGGCAUACCUUUCCCUUUCUCUACCCAGAAUCCCCGAUCGAGUGUCCAUGUCAGGCAUGUCAAGUUUUUUCUUUUAAAAAACUACGUUUCAUUCACGAGGCCGAAUCAGUCUCAGCGUUUCUGUUGCUUCGGAAGAGAAAAGAACUUGGGUCACAGAGCCCCGCUGGAUGUCUCAUUGGCAUUUUGAAAUGUUUUGCAAUUUUUUUUUCUGAACUGAUGUCGUACGAGAGGUCACAAUUUGUGAGACCCCUGUAAUUUUCCCCUCCCCCCGGCUUGUCAGAGAUGGGGGAGGAUGUGCCCAGAAUAUCAGCAGAAUACCUGUGCCGCUGUCCUCCAUGUCAGUUUAAUAACAAAGCGCAGUUUACUGUGCAAUUAUGUGGUAGUACAGCCGAGAAUCGUCUGCUGUGUAAUUAUAUGCUCGUACAGUGGCACUGAGGCAAGCUCAUUCAGGGACUCCUAUUUUUAUUUUUAGUGUAAGUAAUAGCAGAAUGGUUAAUUCAAUGCCGUGUGUCUAUGUGUUAACGCAAAGAAGCUGAGGCCAUUGCCUUUUUUGUGUUUUUUUUAUUGUGGUCAUUGUGGUGAUGUACACAGAUUCCAUGACUGUAUACAGUAUAAUAAAAGACAGCUUGGUCAAAUGUAUGUUUUCGUUAACAAAAAAAAACUCUUAUUGGCUCACGCCCAGUUCCUUUGAACAGUGUGUGUUUGAGCAUGAGAAAGAGAAAGUAUGUAUGUGGGUAUGGUAUGGGCGUGUGUGUGUUUGUGUGUGUGUGUGCGUGUCUGCAUUUGUGUGUGUGCCUGUGCGUGUGCGUAUGAGAAAGAUGUAUGUGCACACAAAUGUUUGUCUGUGUCCUUCCACUGUCCAUGACCAAUAAGAAAAAGUAAUUAAAUAAUGUUUAGUAUUUUUACAGUCUGAAUUUCAGCCAAGCAUUUGAUGUGUCAAGGACCAUCGAGGAAUCAAUUAAACACCUUGAAACCUUU